UGAGGGUUUUAGUAAGAUUCACGCCUAUAUAAGGAGGACUACAUACUAGUAGGAAAACAGAGACAUACAUCUAUAUAUCCAUUGAGAUGGACGAACGCUGGACACUUAAAAAAGGAGCCACAGCUUUGGUCACUGGAGGUACCAAAGGAAUUGGGCGUGCCAUAGUGGAAGAAUUAGCAAAGUUUGGAGCCUCUGUGUAUACAUGUUCUCGCAACCAAGCUGAGCUUGCUGAAUGCCUGAAACAAUGGGAAGGCAACAACUUCAAAGUUACUGGAUCAGUGUGUGAUGUGUGUUCCAGGACUGAAAGGGAGAAACUAAUGGAGAAUGUAUCUACUGUUUUCCAAGGAAAGCUUGAUAUAUUUAUAAACAAUGUAGGGACUGGUGUAAGGAAACCCACAAUGGAAUAUACUGCUGAAGAUUACUCAUUAACGAUGACUACCAAUUUUGAAUCUGCACUCCAUUUAAGCCAAUUAGCUUAUCCUUUGUUGAAAGCUUCAACAUCAGGAAGCGUUGUGUUCAUUUCCAGCACUAGUACUCUUCAUGUUUAUGUAAAAUCAGCUUUGUAUACAGCAAGUAAAGGAGCUUUGAAUCAACUAGCCAAGCAUUUAGCAUGCGAGUGGUCAAAAGACAAUAUCAGAGUCAACUGUGUUGGACCUGCAGUUCUUAAAACACCUCUAAUUGAAAGCCUUUGUCUUGAAAAUGAAUUCAUGGAGCAUGAAUUAUCUCGGACUCCUCAUGGACGUCUAGGAGAACCAGAAGAAGUGGCAUCAGUUGUUGUUUUCCUUUGCCUUCCUGCAGCCUCAUAUGUUACUGGCCAAAUCAUCAAUGUUGAUGGAGGACGAACACAGCCUUGUUAGUGUUAAUUAGCAGGUGAUAUAUUGAAGGUCUGUUGAAGGUUUAUGAUAGUUUUACUACUGAGUUUAAAUGUUUGUUGAGUUGGUUAUGGUUUGAACUAUGGAAAUAAUGAAGGCUGUGAUGUAUGUGUGUCUAAGUUCUAAGCAGGUUAAGUAUGGUUGUGUUUAGUCUUGUCUGUUAUGCUUGUUAACAAGUAUGUAUGUGAAUAUAUGGUUUUGCUGAAAACCAAUGUAAUAAAUGAGAGAGAAUCUUUGCUCUGUGAGUGAAUUCUCUUUAAGUGAA